UGGCAUUCAGUCUCCCCUCCCUGUCAUUCCUGUCGUGUGCCUUCAAGUCAUUUCUGAUGUGUCUGGUGACCUGGUUAGAGCUUUUGCUGUGCGCUGCCUUUCUCUGUUGCACCUCCCGUUCUUCCUUGCACAACAGCCCUCUGAGGUAGGUCGAGGACAGCACAGCCGGCUCGUGGUUGCCAGGUGGGCUUUGUGGCCCGGCCAAGAGAACUAGCCCCGGCCCAUCCCCUGGGCUUUUCUUCCCGUUUUAUGGGGCUUGCUUUCCCUUCCUCUGGUGCCGCUUUGGAUCCUAAUCAGAGACGAAAAGUGGUCUGGUUAUUCUUAGGAUUCCUAACUGACUUCUUUUAAUUACGUUAUGUUUCAUUUUAUUGUAAUGUUUAUACCAGCGGUUCCCAAACUUAUUUGGCCUGCCGCUCCCUUUCCAGAAAAAAUAUGACUCAGCACCCCCUGGAAAGGGGGGCGUGGCUUAGAGGGGUGGGCGUGGCUCCUGCUCAAGAGGGCGGGGCUGAGCCUCUCCCCUCGUCCAAGAUGCAGGGUUGCGAGAGGAGGUGGGCGGGGCUACAAAUGGGCAGCCAGGACUGGGAUGGGCGGAGUUACGAGCUCUGAGUCAGGGCUGAGCUUCUAUCCCUGCCCUGUAGCGCCUGCCAGGACACAGGGGGCGGGGCUAGAGGAGUGGGCGGGGCCUCUUCCAGGUGCCUGACGGGGCUGAACCUCUAUACCCUGCCUCAGGGGAGGUGUAGAGGCUCAGCCCUGUCUCGCAGUCUUGGGAAGAGGCCCCGCCCCUAGCCCUGCCCUUUAGUCCUAAAAGGCCUCUCAGGGGAGGUAUAAAGGCUCAGCCCUGUCUCGGGCUCUUGGGAAGAAGCCACGCCCUUUCCUCUAGCUCCGCCCCCUGUGUGUCCUAACAGGUGCCAUCACCGCCCCCCUGGAUGGCUCCAGUGCCCACUGGGGGGCAGUAGCGCCCACUUUGGGAAUCACUGGUUUAUACGAUGCAGAUUUCCAAUUGUGUUUGUUUUUUUAAUGUUGUGGGCCGCUUUGCUUCUUCAGCAGAGAUGAAAGUUGGAUGAUGAUGAUAAUAAUAAUAGAAAUAAUAAUAUAAUAAGCCAAAGGGAGCUUUUAAGCGGGAAGAAAAGUGGGAAGAAUAUGCCCUAACAAAGGCCUGGGCAAACUUUGGACUUCAACUCCCACAAUCCCUAACAGCAAGCCCAUGCUUGCCCUAAUUGGAAAGGAACCAUUGGAAGAGAGAAUAAUAACUAACAUAUUGACUCAAUAUCGAAGGUGAGCAUUAGAUUUGAGUAAAUAGGAUAUUAUUAUUAUUAUUAUUAUUAUUAUUAUUAUUAUUAUUAUUAUUAUUAUUAUUAUUUCAAAUACAACAAGAUGAAUCCACAGCAAACAAGAUCACUCUGCUGGCUGUUGUAUUGGAUCCCACGUCGGGCCCUUCCCAAGUGUCUAGGACUGUGUGAAUAAUGCGCGCAGAUCCGAGUCGGGUGGCCUUUUGCAGCUGACCGGUGGUGAUUUUGUCAGCACCGAUUGUGUUUAAGUGCUGCCUUGAGACACUGCACCCAGUGUGCCCAUCACCACUGGGAACCCCCUUGACUGGUUUAUGCCAGAGUCUUUGCAGUUCGGUCAUGUCAGCUUUUCCAAUUGCUUUUCAUCAAUCUGCUAUCACCUGGGAUUGCAACACUGACGAUCCAUAACACAGUAUUCAAAUGUGGGCAUAUGGGGUAUGCAUGCCAGGUUUGGUCCAGAUUGUUUGGAUUCAUAAUGUGCUCUGGAUGUCGGUGAACUACAACUCCUAUCAAUCCCUCCAAAGGCCUCCAGUAUUUGUUGUUGGUCAUGGGGGUUCCAGAUCCAUGGUGAGAUCAGGAGUCUUGUGCUCACAAAGCUCUUGUCAGCCUGGAUUUGGACGUGUUUGUUUCCAUUAUUAUUGUUAUGAUGAUGCCUGUGUCAUAUGAUGCCUCCCAGUUCAAAAGGUCCUUCCGUCUUGACCUUGAGUAUGAGUGAGCCAGUGAGUGAGUGCUUGCCCUGCUUGACCGCUCCUCCCUUGGAGCCUUGCCUCUGCACCCUCCUCUUGACCUGCUUUCCCUCUUUCCGAAGGCAAAGCAGGCAGGCAGGGCUCCCACUCACCCACCCACCCACCCACCUCCCCUGUGUGAGUCAGCAGGGCCCUCCCUCCUCCUUCCUUCCUUCCUUCCGUCCUUCCUUCCGUCCUUCUUUCCCUGCCUGCCUUCCUCCCUCCAUUGGUGGCAGCCGUGGCUUGGCCUCUUUCCUCUCUCUUUCCUCUCCCCCUUUCCGUCCCACGCCUUCUUUCCCCGGAACAGUGCUGCGAGCCGGCAUUCAGGAAGCAGCAGGAAUUAAGCCUCCGCAGCUGCAUCAGUAGAAUCCAAGGGAGACGGAGGAGCGGCGGAAAGGAAGGGGCUGGGCACCCACCAAGAGGGUUCGGAAAGGACCCGGAGAGGGCACGGGGCACCUGAACCCUCCAGGCGGUCCGACAUCUCCGGCAGACCUCUGCCCAUCACUGCUGCCCACAUGGGCUCCCUCCUCCUCCUUUUCCUCCGUGGCUGAACAGAGCUGCUUGUGUUCGGCUUCCUGGCAUCCGCCCGCUGCCUCCGCCUUCCCAGAUCCUUCUCCGUGGCCUCCCUCGUCUCCUUUCGCACAACAGGAGACAUCCCUGGGUCCAGUUAUCCUCGCCUUCCGGACCAUAACAAGCGGCGGAGAGGCUGGCGAUCCAGGUCAAGGCAGCGAGAGGCUCAACAGUUUGGGCACUGGAGGGACGCAAGGGGCUCUCCUUCUUUUCUUCUCUCGCAUCACAGCUUUGAGGACCACAGAGUAGACUCCCGGGUCUCUUGGCCCUUCCUUCGAUUGAGUGGAUUUGGUACAAUGACGACGGCGGUGACAGUAACCGGACAGUCCUAACCCAGGGGUGGAUCUGGCCUUGGAUCGCCUCUCAACGGUCAGCCAUGCCGGCCAGGCGGAGUGUCUCCUUCGGACCGGGGUUUGCGGGAGCGUGAGCGUCACCUCCCCUCACUUGCUUUUUGGGAUGGACCUCCUCCAGAAGAGCAAAUACAGCCACCUGCGCAACGACUCGCUCUCCUCGCUGGACGAUGGGCCCCUGGCGGUGGUGCCGGCGGCGGUGGCGGUGGCGGAGGAGGACCCCUUUGGGCCGGGCUCUUUCCUGCCGCCCGGCUCGCUCUCCUCCUCGUCCUCGCUGAGCCCCAUGCUGCCCUUGGGGGAGCUCUCUUCCGAGUCGGAGGACAGCCCCACCACCCUCUGCUCCUUCUUCCCCAAGAUGGCCAACCUCAAGCUCUCCAACCCCGCCGCCACGCUCCUCGGCUUCCGGGGCUUCUCCAGGGAGGCCGGCGGGGGGUCCGGGGAGCCGCCCCCGCCGCUGCCCCCGCCCUUGCCGCCCUUGCCGCCUCCUCCGGCCACCUUAGGCUCAGCUCUCGCUCUCUCUUCCCAGGAUAUGAACAAGCUGGGCUGCGGCGGGAAGAAGAUGCGGGUGGAAGGCGGCCAGCUGGGAGGGGACGAGUGGACGCGGCACGGCAGCUUCGUCAACAAGCCCAGCCGGGGGUGGCUGCACCCCGACGACAAGGUCAUGGGCCCCGGAGUCUCCUACCUCGUCCGGUACAUGGGUUGCGUGGAAGUGCUGCAGUCGAUGCGGGCCCUUGACUUCGGCACCCGGACCCAGGUCACAAGGGAAGCCAUCGGACUGGUCUGCGAAGCCGUGCCCGGGGCCAAGGGAGCCGUCCGGCGGAGGAAGCCCUGCGGCCGCUCUCUGCACUCCAUCCUGGGCCAGAGCAACCUGAAGUUUGCCGGGAUGCCCAUCACGCUCACCAUCUCCACCAGCAGCCUCAACCUCAUGGCCUCCGACUGCAAACAGAUCAUUGCCAACCACCACAUGCAGUCGAUAUCGUUCGCAUCCGGAGGAGAUCCGGAUACGGCUGAAUAUGUUGCCUACGUUGCCAAAGACCCCGUUAACCACAGAGCCUGCCACAUCCUGGAGUGCCCCGAAGGCCUGGCCCAGGACGUCAUCAGCACCAUCGGCCAGGCGUUUGAGCUGCGCUUCAAGCAGUACCUCAAGAACCCCCCCAAGCUGGUCACCCCCCACGACAGGAUGGCCGGAUUUGACGGCUCGGCCUGGGACGAGGAGGAGGACCCCCCUCCGGACCACCAGUACUACAACGACUUCCCCGGGAAGGAGCCCCCGCUGGGCGGCCUGGUGGACCUGCGCCUGCGGGACGGGGGCCCCGGGGCCCAGCCGCCCGGACACUUGGGGGCCACCCUGCCGGUUGGGCAAAUGUCCGGCGGAGACUACGAAUCCCGGAAACCACAUCCCGCCUUGCAAGGGCGGGAGCGCUGCCUCUCUGGCCGCACUGACCUCUUUGACGACCCCUCCUACGUCAACGUCCAGAACCUGGAGAAGGCGCGAGCGGCCGGUCUUGCCGGGGCCACCGCCAACGGAAGCAGCAGCAGCAGCAGCAGCAACGCCCAGAGGGACCUCUUUGACAUGAAGCCCUUUGAGGACGCCUUGCGGGGCCCGCCACCGCCGCUGCCGCCGCCCUCGGGGCCCUCCAUGGAGGAGCAGCUGCGGAGGGAGCCCUGGUUCCAGGGCCGGCUGAGCCGCAAGGAGGCCGAGAAGCUGCUGCAGGCCAACGGGGACUUCCUGGUGCGGGAGAGCACCACCACGCCGGGACAGUACGUGCUGACGGGCCUCCAGGGUGGGCAGCCCAAGCACCUCCUGCUGGUCGACCCCGAGGGAGUGGUGCGGACGAAGGACCACCGCUUUGAGAGCGUCAGCCACCUGAUCAGCUACCACAUGGACAACCGGUUGCCCAUCAUCUCAGCCGGGAGCGAGCUCUGCCUCCAGCAGCCGGUGGAACGGAGAGCCUGAUGGACCCUCCUCCGACCCCUUCUUUCCUUCCUUCCGGGCCCCUCUUUCGCACCCAGAGCUGCCUUUGCCGCACACAAUGACCUCCUCACCGCCUUCACCUCGAAGUGUUUUGGACUCCAACUCCCACCAUUCCUCGCAGCCUCAGGCCCCUUCCUUUUCCCCCUCCGCCGCUUAAGCGGCGGAGGGGGAAAAGGAAGGGGCCUGAGGCUGCGAGGAAUGGUGGGAGUUGGAGUCCAAAACACCUGGCGGGAGGGCCAAGUAGGCCCAGGCCUGCAAUAUAUAUAUUAGGCAUGUCCGAUCGAUGAAAAAAAUGUUUCAAUUCUCGUUUCUAAAGUAGGGGGCACUGGCGCUUCAAUAUAGAAAGUAUUUCCGAUUUUUUCACCCAAAAAAUUUGGAUAUUUCCGAAAAUUCGUAAUGAUUCUAAAUGUUUCUAAAAUGGCAGACGCGCAUGCGCAAUCACCAAAAAAAAGGAACAUUGGGGGGGGGGGGGACUUUUACAGGGCUCUCCCGCCCUCAUCAAUUUUGCAAUGCCCUUGCAAGUUGUGCAAAGAUACUUUGAAAGCUAGAAAUUCCCUUGCUAUAUUUGUAAGCAAGGAGGACACUGGAAACCAAUGGUGUCUCUGGCUAUGUGAUCCCACAAGCCUCAACCCAAUGCCUUCCAUUAGAAAUGGACCAGUGACCACCACGCCAAGCAAUGCCCUGGCAAGGAGUGCAAAGAUACUUUGAAAACUAGAAAUUCCCUUGCUAAGAGAAAGAACCAUGUUAGGCUGAGCUAAGCUCCCAUUCAAGGUAGGUUGCAGAAAAAAAAUUAAAAAUACGUUACAAAAUGGGGGGGGGGGGGGAAAUGACAAAACAUUAAGAGACAAUUAGAGAAUGGGCCAACAAUGGUUCAAAUUACAUUGCUGGUUACGCCGUGAGACAAUGUCUCGGAAUGCGUAUCAAAAAGCGAGAACAAUCCGAAAUAAUUUCGAUAUGCGAUUCAAAACGAUUUUUGGACAUGUCUAAUAUAUAUAUAUUGCAAGGUGAGCCAAAGAAAAACGCGGGGACCGAAGGGAGGAAGUUGUUCUCCCAUGGAGAGCAGUGCUUUCCCUUUGCGCCCUGGACGUUGUAGUUUCCACCAAAGAAGGCAACGAUCUACGACUCCCGGAAGUGGAGUCAAACUGCAUCCGUUCCCUAGCGUAGACGCACUAUGUGCAGCACUUGCAGGCAUCCCAGCCUUCGCCGAGAGGAUUCCAUCCCGUGACCGCAAAACAGCUUGCGAGGGAUACAGAGGCCUCUUUUCCCCCCAACUCCCCCGAAGCACAAAGGGAGGCAAGCCCUUCCAAAUAUAUUGCAAUCCAAUGGGCCAGCUUGGACUGUUUCGGACUGCGACUCCCACCAUUCCCAACAGCCCCAGUCCCUUUCCAGGGUGAGUUUAUAACCAGUAGCGUGAACUGGGUGGUUCAGAAUGCCUAACUAAUAUGUAUCCCAAAAGUACAGCGAUGUCUAUAUAUAUAUAUAAGAGUGAUGGCAUCACGGCGACCAACAAAACAACGAAACUACAAAUUUGUUACACUACAAAUUUGACAGAAAAAGUAGUCCAAUACGCAGUAAUGCUAUGUAGUAAUUACUGUAUUUACGAAUUUAGCACCAAAAUAUCAUGAUAUACAGUAGAGUCUCACUUAUCCAAGCUAAACGGGCCAGCAGAAGAUUGGAUAAGCAAAUAACUUGGAUAAUAAGGAGGGAUUAAGGAAAAGCCUAUUAAACAUCAAAUUAGGUUAUGAUUUUACAAAUGAAGCACCAAAACAUCACGUUAUACAACAAAUUUGACAGAAAAAGUAGUUCAAUACGCAGUAAUGUUAUGUUGUAAUUACUGUAUUUACAAAUUUAACACCAAAAUAUCACGAUAUAUUGAAAACAUUGACUACAAAAAUGGCUUGGAUAAUCCAGAAGCUUGGAUAAGUGAGACUCUACUGUAUUGAAAGCAUUGACUACAAAAAUGCGUUGGAUAAUCCAGAACGUUGGAUAAGUGAGACUCUACUGUAUAUUCAUUUUGAUGUACGGAGCAUGAAUGUUGCUUAUUGUAUUUCAUUCAAUAUAAGUUUAUAUUUUAUACCUUGUUUAUUGACCAUUUACUAGUGCAUAUUGCUGUACUUGUGGGUAUAUACUAGUUUGGUGUGUAACCAGUAACCCAUUUACUUAAUGGUUCAGGAUGCCUGCCAUAGGUGUGGGCGAAACAUCAGGAGAGAAUGCUGCUUCUGGAAUGUGGCUAGGCAGCCCCAGAAAUGCACAGCAACCUGGUGAUUCCAGCCAUGAAAGCCUUUCAACAACACAGAGGUGAUGACGGACAGCAAGGAAGGGAGAGAAGAUAGACAGCAUCCCACAGGGCGAUGCUUUUGGAUAGAGACCUUGUUGGGAAUGGUGGGAGUUGGAGUCCAAAACGCCCCUCCCUCUUUUCCUUCACCCUUUAAAUAUUAUUAUGAUUAUCUUCUUCUUCUUCUUCCGUGUGCCUUGACCCUUUUCCAGGUCUGAGAUUUUAUGCAACAGCCUCCUCCUCCUGCCAGAGAAAAGCCUUUCCCCGAAAAAGCACAGCCUGCACACAAGGAAGGAAGGAAAGAGCGUUUGCACUCUGCGCAUGCUCAGAGGGAGGCUUCCCACGCAAGGACAAAAGCGGGGGGAGAGAAGGAGCAAUGCGUGUCCUUGCCGUGUUCUGCCCCCCCCCCCCAAAAUCCGCUCCCCAGGUCUGUACAUAAGUUUGUGUUGCAUGAGUCACGUUGUGUUUAUCCUCCUCCUCCUCCUCCAGAAGCCAAAGUGUAGCCCCCCCCCCUGACACCAGAGACAAGAGAGAGACCUCCACCCUUUUCCCGGACACUCCGUGGGUCACUGUGCCUGCCCCACGCCUUUUCCGUGGGGCUCCAUUUGCACACACACACACACACACACACACCACACACACACAGAGUCACCUCGGCCUCGGUCCCACCUGCACACUUUCUGUCUCUUUUGAUUCUACUCUCGAUUAUUAUACCAAAGGAACCCAACGGUUAUUAUUAAAAGUGGGUAUUUCUGUA